UGCGCCAAAUUAUUUCAGUAUUAUUGAUUUUCUGCAUCAAAGUCCCCGUUGAAAAUUCCUACCGUCAUCUCUCUCUCUCUCAUACGACCGACCAAACGCCCGAUCCCACGCUCUCGCUCUCAUCUCCAAUCUCUCUGCUCCACACCGGUCUGGCACUAGGGUUUCCACUCUCCAUUCCCUCGUUUUCUCCCCCGCCUCGAUUCCCCCAAACCACUCCAAUCCCUCGAUUCUCUUGCGCAGACAAGGAUACGCAAUUGGGAGAAAAAAAAAUGGCGGGGCAGAAUGUAGAUCUAUUCGACGCCUACUUCAGGCGAGCGGAUUUGGAUCGCGACGGCCGGAUCAGUGGGAACGAGGCCGUUUCGUUCUUCCUCGGCUCCAAUUUGUCCAAACCGGUACUUGCUCAGAUAUGGAUGCAUGCUGAUCAACAUAAAACUGGUUUCCUUGGCAGAGCCGAGUUCUAUAAUGCUCUUAAACUUGUCACGGUGGCUCAAAGUAAGCGAGAACUCACCCCAGACAUGGUUAAGGCAGCACUAUAUGGCCCUGCUUCAUCUAAAAUUCCUGCUCCCCAGAUAAAUCUUUCAGCUGUCCCUGCACCUCCAUCGAAUCCUGCAGCAGGCGCAGCAGUCCCACAGUUGAGUGGUGUUGCUCAAUCACCAUCUCAAAAUAUGGGUGUUAGAGGGCCCCCGGUACCUUCAAAUGCAAGCAUGGGUCCACAGUUUUUUCCACCUCAGCAAAAUCAAAUGGGAAGACCACCUCGACCUACAACUCCGAAUACUGCCUUUCGCUCGCAGCAGGUUGUUGGAAGUCAAGGAAUGCCUGGGAUGGGUACUACUGCAGCUUCUCAAGCUUUAGGUACAAACGUCUCCACCGAUUGGCUAGGUGGAAUGACAGCUGGCUCCCCAGCAGGAGUGACUACUCAAGUUGCUAACAGAGGGAUUAUGCCAUUAACCACCUCUGCACAACCUACACCAAAUGCAAACUCUGGGCUGGUGCAACCUGCUGCACCGAAACCUAAUGAUCCAAUUUUGCCAUCCUCUCACGUGGGUGCUAAGGAUUCCAAACCGCUGGCUGAUGCAGGGAAUGGGUUUGCUUCUGACUCUGUAUUUGGAGAUGUCUUUUCAGUAACCUCGUCCCAACCAAAGCAAGAUGCACCUUUACCUGCAUCUUCUUCUGGGGGCUUACCUGUUACACCAGCCAUUGUUCCAGCCUCCACUGGGCUUCAAUCUGCAGUUAAGCCAAGUCCACAUGGAUCUUUACAGAAUGCAUUUUCUCAGCAACCUGUGGGCAGUCAGAAUCAGAAAGUUCAGUCAACUGUCAAUGGAAACCAACAAGUUUCAGUACAGAGUUCAACAGCUUUUAAUUCCUCUAAUGCUGGUUUGCCUGCUGCGGCUGGAAUUCCUGCUUCUGGCCAAUCCCAGGUUCCAUGGCCAAGGAUGACUCAGUCUGAUGUUCAGAAGUACACUAAAGUAUUUGUGGAAGUAGAUACUGAUAGAGAUGGAAAAAUAACUGGUGAACAGGCGCGCAACCUUUUCUUAAGUUGGAGGCUUCCACGAGAGAUCUUAAAGCAGGUUUGGGAUCUAUCUGAUCAAGAUAGUGACAGCAUGCUUUCUGUCAGAGAAUUCUGUAUAGCACUUUAUCUGAUGGAACGGUAUAGGGAUGGCCGCCCUCUCCCCAAAACACUUCCAAAUGGUAUGUUUGAUGAGGCAUUGUUCUCUGCCUCUGGUCAACCUGCUGCUGCUUAUGGCAAUGCAACUUGGAGACCUACUCCAGGUUUGCAACAGGCACAAGUGAGGCCUGGUGCACCGCCUGUGACUCAUGUUGCUAGAGGAAGACCACCAAAACCAGUUCCUGUUCCUCUGCCAGAUGACGCUAUGCAGCCUGCUCAGCAGAAGUCCAAAGUUCCAGUUCUGGAGAAGCAUCUUGUGACCCAACUUAGUGAAGAGGAGCAGAAUUUGCUGAACUCCAAGUUCCAAGAGGCAUCUGAGGCAAAUAAAAAGGUAGAAGAAUUGGAGAAGGAAAUUUUAGAUGCUAGGGAGAAGAACCAGUUCUACCGCUCCAAGAUGCAGGAACUUAUUUUAUACAAAAGCAGAUGCGACAAUCGACUAAAUGAGAUUAUUGAAAGGACUUCUGCGGACAAACGCGAGGCUGAGUCGCUUGCAAAGAAGUACGAAGAAAAAUACAAGCAGAUUGGAGAUGUCGCCUCUAAAUUACCUCUUGAAGAGGCUACAUUUCGUGAUAUUCAGGAGAAAAAAAUGGAGCUGUAUCGGGCUAUUGUCAAAAUGGGGCAAGAUGGAAAACCUGAUAAUAUUCAGGUUAAUGCCGAUCGAAUCCAAUCGGAACUUGAAGAGCUAGUAAAAUCCUUGAAUGAACGUUGCAAAAGUUAUGGUUUACGUGCAAAGCCAACCACACUGGUCGAACUUCCUUUCGGCUGGCAACCUGGACUCCAAGAAGAGGCAGCAGAUUGGGACGAAAAUUGGGAUAAGUUUGAAGAUGAAGGGUUCACAUUUGUCAAAGAGCUUAGCCUUGAUGUGCAAAAUAUCAUAGCCCCUCCCAAACAGCAAUCCUUGCCUGUUGGAAAAUCAUCUUCAGCAAAAGAGGGUGUGGAUGUUCAAUCAAGAAAUUCUGAUAGCAGGUCAGAGACCUUACCGAAUGGAGGGGAAAGGGUCCCUGGUGAUGAUCACAAUGAAGAGGGAGUAGCUAGGAGUCCACCUGAAAGUCCAGCCCAUUCUGUCGAUAGCCCAUCUCAGAAGUCCCCUAAUUCAAGAAAGAACUUCAAUGCAGAUGGUUCACCCCAUGCUACAGAGUACCAGAGUGAACGUGGAGUUGCUGAAUCUGUGCUCUCUGGGGACAAAGGUUUUGAUGAAAGAAGCUUGGGUGCAUUUGAUACUCAUUAUGAUACUGACUCGGCCUGGGACUUCGGUUCUGGUCCCACGAAGGCAAUGGAUUAUAGUGGAAGUGCCUUCUUUGAUGCUGGUGACUUGGGUUUACCUCCUAUAAGGACAGAUUCCUCCCACCAAAGGAAGAGCCCAUUUGCCUUUGGAGAUUCUGUUACGAGCACCCCUCUAUUCAAUUCUGGGAACUCUCCGCAGGCAGACAACAUUUAUCAAAAGAACACAUUUGUAUUCGAUUCUGUUCCUAGCACCCCGCUGACAGACAACCUGUUCCAAAGGAAAAGCACGAUUGCAUUUGACUCCUUUCCGAGCACCCCACAGGCUGAUAACUUGUUCCAAAAGAAAAGCACGUUUGCGUUUGAUUCUGUUCCAAGCACCCCACAGGCUGAUAACCUGUUCCAAAAGAAAAGCACAUUCGCGUUUGAUUCUGUUCCGAGCACCCCACUGUCAGACAACCUGUUUCAACAGAAGAGCACAUUUGCAUUUGAUUCUGUUCCAAGCACCCCAGCUUAUAAUUAUAGCAACGAAGAGCAUGCAUUUGACAGCUUCUCAAGAUUUGAUUCCUUCAAUGAAAGCACCGGGGGUUUUCCACCACAGGGUUCCUUCAGUAGGUUUGAUUCCAUGAGCAGCACUAGGGACUCUGACUAUAAUCAAGGGUUUCCAACUCAGGGUUCCCUCACUAGGUUUGAUUCCAUGAGCAGCACCAGGGACUCUGACUAUAAUCAAGGGUUCUUCCCACCAAAAGACUCAUUUGCAAGAUUUGAUUCGUUCAGAAGCACUGCAGACUCUGAGAUUAAUAGUCAGGGGUUCUUCCCAACUAAAGACUAUGCUAGGUUUGAUUCUAUCCGUAGCACCGCAGACUACUCUGAUGAUACCCGCGGUUUCCACUCUUUUGAUGAUGCUGAUCCGUUUGGGUCAAGUGGACCGUUUAAGACGUCAGUAGAGACUCAAACUCCCAGGAGAGAUUCAGAUCAAUGGAGGGCUUUUUAGUCUGGUGAUAGUACAUCUUUCUGAUUCGUAUUCGCUUUCUGGGUUCCCAUUUUGAAGCCGGCAUGCGAGGUUUGUGGGUUUGGGUAUCGUAAUCGGUUCUUUAUUCAGAUACGAAGUGACAGUGAGUUGAAGCUCGUGAUUUAUGGUUUUAGCACAUCUAUUUUUUGGCGCUCUGAUUUUGGUUUCCCCUUGUUCUUCAUCUUUCUUUUAUAUAUAGUAAUGAAGAGUUCUUUUUUUUCUUUUCUUUUCUUUUCUUUUCCUGUUGGUUUAGGUUCAAUUUGUACUGUAUUACCUAGACGUGUACCAUAUACCCAUGUAUAUUUUUACAAGUUGUUUUGGAUACCUAUUCAUUAAUCAAGACUUGAAGCUUGUGGCUUGGUUUUCAUCCA